AUUAUUAUUAUUAUGUAUUUAUUUAUUUUUUUCAAAAACAGACCUUAUCAUAAUUUCACUUUCAUUAUCCCAUCCCACCGAAGCCGAAGCCAAAAGCCCAAUCCCUCUUUCUCUCUCUCUCUCUCUCUCUCUUUCUCUCCGAUUUUCAAAGCAAAAUAACAAAAACCAUAAAAAAGCCAACCCCACCUCCAAGUUUCUCCGUCAUUUUUGUUUUUUAAAUUUCCAUUGCUUUUUUACCUAACAAACAACUCCCUACUUUCAUCGGCUGUCAAGUUGUACUUUUUGUUUUAUUCAAUUCGUCACUUUGACGACUGAGGACCAGCUUUGCAAAAUAUAAAAGUAGCAAUUUUUUGAAAAAUAUUUGGCGAAAAAGUGUAAAAAGUUUGAUGCUUCAAAGAAUAUUUUAAAGUGCUUUUUUUUAGAGAGAGAGAGAGAGUGCGAUGCUGAGAUUGAGUUGAGAACAAGUAGGAGGAAGUUGCACAGGCUUGAGGAAGAGGAGAGAUGGUUGUGAGGAAAGUUGGAAAGUAUGAGAUUGGGAGGACAAUCGGUGAAGGAACUUUUGCGAAGGUUAAAUUCGCUCAGAACACCGAGACUGGUGAGAGUGUCGCCAUGAAAGUGCUCGAUCGCAGCACCAUCAUCAAGCACAAGAUGAUCGACCAGAUUAAGAGGGAGAUAUUUAUAAUGAAGCGUGUCAGGCACCCUUAUGUUGUGCGUCUGUAUGAGGUUCUGGCAAGUCGUACUAAGAUCUAUAUAAUCUUGGAGUUCAUUACAGGUGGUGAAUUGUUUGAUAAAAUAAUCCAUCAUGGACGUCUUAGUGAAGCUGAAUCUAGAAGGUACUUCCAACAGCUUAUUGAUGGUGUGGAUUAUUGCCACAGCAAAGGCGUUUACCACAGAGACCUAAAGCCUGAAAAUCUUUUACUUGAUUCUCAAGGAAAUCUAAAAAUUUCAGAUUUUGGUUUGAGUGCCUUGCCUGAACAAGGAGUUAGUCUCCUUCGGACAACAUGUGGGACUCCUAAUUAUGUUGCACCUGAGGUACUUAGUCAUAAGGGUUAUGAUGGGGCUGUGGCAGAUGUCUGGUCCUGUGGAGUCAUCCUGUAUGUUCUGAUGGCAGGAUACUUGCCAUUUGACGAGCUUGAUCUCACUACACUAUACAGUAAGAUUGAGAAUGCAGAGUUUUCAUGCCCAACUUGGUUUCCAGUGGGAGCAAAAUCCUUGAUUCAUAGAAUUUUAGAUCCAAAUCCUGAAACUCGUAUUACCAUUGAACAGGUCAGAGAUGAUGAGUGGUUCAAGAAGGGUUAUGUUCCCGCCAGGCUUUUUGAGUAUGAAGAUGUAAACCUGGACGAUGUCAAUGCAGUUUUUGACGAUCCUGAGGAACAAAGGAAUACUGAGCAAUGUGGAAAUGAGGACAUGGGUCCUCUGAUUCUUAAUGCUUUCGACUUGAUUAUUCUAUCUCAAGGCCUUAACCUUGCAACACUCUUUGACCGUGGGCAGGAUUCUGUGAAGCACCAGACACGCUUUGUUUCGCAAAAGCCAGCAAAGGUUGUCCUAUCGAGCAUGGAAGUUGUUGCACAAUCAAUGGGAUUUAAAACACAUAUUCGCAAUUAUAAGAUGAGAGUGGAAGGUCUUUCAGCUAACAAGACAUCUCAUUUUUCUGUUAUCCUGGAAAUUUUCGAAGUUGCUCCGACAUUCUUUAUGGUAGACAUUCAGAAAGCAGCUGGAGAUGUUGCUGAAUAUCUCAAGUUUUACAAAAAUUUCAUUAGCAAUCUUGAAGAUAUCAUCUGGAAACCACCUAAUGAAUCAAGCAAAUCAAGGAUCUCUAAGAACCGGAGUAAGAGGCGCUGAUUUUUACAUGUAACAUCUUCGUUCAGUUAUGAAUUACUACUUACUGAAGUAAAAUGUGUUUUGAAAAUUGCAUUAUUACUUUCAAGGGUGCUCUCAGCAUGAGAUUAUAAUUUACAGUUUCCCUAACCAUACCCCAAACCUCCAUCCCUGCAACAUCCCAAUCCCACCAGGAAAGAAAAAAAUAUAUAUAUUCAGGAGUAAAAGAUGUGAUAGAACAAGAUUUUUACAUAUAAUUUUUGUGUUAUUUUUAUGUAAAUUUUUUUAAUGUGUGUC